UCCUUUUUAAUACAGGUUCGCUGCUGUGCUGUGUAAGAAAACCUAUGCUACAAUGUUUGGGGGAGGAUAUCAGGUCCAGGGAACAAUACUCCCAGAUCCAAACUGUGAUCCCAUUAUGGAUGCACAGAUGCUUGGCGGAGCUCUCCAAGGAUUUGGCUGUGACAAGGACGUCCUAAUUGGUAUUAUUACACAGAGAGCAAGUGCACAAAGAAUAAUGAUUGCAGAUGCCUAUGGGAGUUUGUACAGCAGGGAUCUAGUUAAUGACUUGAAAGAAAAACUUGAUGGACAUUUUAAGGAGGUCAUGGUGGGUUUGAUACACUCUCCUCCAGCCUAUGAUGCCCAUGAACUAUGGCAUGCUAUGAAGGGAGCUGGCACCGAUGAAAACUGCCUCAUUGAUAUUUUAGUAUCAAGAACAACAUCAGAUAUAUUUCAGUUGAAGGAAAUCUAUUUAAUGCAAUAUGGAUGCAACCUGGACCAAGACCUUUACUCUGAAACCUCAGGGCAUUUUAGAGAUGCUUUAUUAAAUCUGGCCCAGGGUGUGAGAGAGGAAGGCUAUGCAGACCCUGGUUUAGCGGCUCAAGAUGCAAUGGCUCUAUGGGAGGCCUGCCAAAGAAGAACAGGAGAGCACAAGACUUUGAUGCAAAUGAUUCUAUGUAAUAAAAGCCACCAACAAUUAUGGAUGGUUUUCCAGGAAUUCCAAAAUAUCUCUGGACAAGACAUUGCUGCAGCUAUUGAAGAAUGUUAUGAUGGCUACUUCCAGCAGCUCCUUUUGGCCAUAGUGUCCUGUGUUCGAGAUAAACCAUCAUAUUUUGCAUACAGGCUUUACUCAGCAAUUCAU